UUUGAAGAUGUGAUUUACAAGAAUCAUUCUCAAGGGGAUCACCGGCGUAGUCCGACCCGGAGAAAUGCUGGCCAUGCUGGGCCCCUCCGGCAGCGGCAAGACCACACUCCUCACAGCGCUCGGGGGCGGCUUGGCGGCCAACUCAGGGGACUAAUCACCUACAACGGCGAGCGGUUUUCCAACAAAAUGAAGCGAAACAUGGGCUUCGUCACCCAAGACGAUGUCCUCUACCCCCACUUGACAGUGACUGAAACCCUGGUAUAUACCGCCCUCCUCCGCCUCCCCAAUAGCUUAACGAAAGAUGAAAAAGUAGCCCAUGCAGAAGCUGUAAUUAUCCAGCUUGGACUCACCAGGUGCAAGAACAGCGUCAUAGGAGACCACUUCUUGAGAGGUGUUUCAGGGGGAGAGAGGAAGAGGGUGAGCAUAGGACAAGAAAUGUUGGUCAACCCUAGUUUGAUUUUUCUUGAUGAACCCACUUCGGGCCUGGAUUCAACUACAGCUCAGCGGAUUGUAUCAACCCUUUGGGAGCUGGUAAAUGGGGGGAGGACGGUGGUGUUGACCAUACACCAGCCUUCUAGCAGGCUAUUUUACAUGUUUCACAAGGUUUUACUGUUGUCAGAGGGAAAUCCUUUGUAUUUUGGGAAGGGAGCGGAGAUGAUGGACUAUUUUUCCCGUGUUGGGUAUGCCCCGAGGGUCGCCAUGAACCCUUCAGAUUUUCUGUUGGAUCUUGCAAGUGGCAUUUCAUCGGACGACGUGGAGAAUCCAAUGAAGGUGAAACAGACUCUGGUGUCUGCCUUCAAGACCCAAAUGGCAAGCAAUUUGAAGGAAGAACUUGAACAAAAUGACUCUCCAGACGAGGAAGGAGCUGAGGAGAAGCAUUUUGCAAGGUGGAGCACAACCUGGUGGCAACAGUUCACGAUUCUGCUGAGAAGAGGGCUGAAAGAGAGGCGGCAUGAAUCCUUCUCUGGCCUCAAGAUCGUGCAGAUCUUUGUCGUAGCUUUUCUAUCCGGGUGUUUAUGGUGGCAAUCUGAUAUAGCUCACAUGCAAGAUCAGAUUGGACUACUCUUCUUCUACUCCUCAUUCUGGUCCUUCUUCCCUCUCUUCCAAGCCAUCUUUACCUUUCCUCAGGAAAGACUAAUGCUUGGAAAAGAAAGAUCGUCCGGCAUGUACAGGCUCUCUUCCUAUUAUAUGGCCAGAACCAUCGCAGACCUCCCCAUGGAGCUCAUCCUCCCCACAGUCUUCAUCAUCAUAACGUACUGGAUGGCAGGCCUAAAGCACACAGCUCUAAAUUUCUUAUAUACUCUGUUCGUCCUUCUCUUCAAUGUCUUAGUCUGCCAAGGCAUGGGCCUGGCUAUCGGAGCUCUAGUAAUGGACCAAAAAUCUGCGGUGACGCUCGGCUCAGUCAUUAUGCUUGCGUUUCUUCUGGUUGGAGGGUUUUAUGUUCAACAUGUUCCUGUUUUUAUUGCCUGGAUCAAGUACUUGAGCGUGAACCAAUACAUUUACAAGCUCUUGUUGGGGUCUCAAUACAAGACUGGGGACACCUACCCUUGUGGGAGAAGUGGCACUUGCUUUGUCGGAGAUUUUCCUUCGAUCAGACUUGUGGGGCUUGAAAGACUGGACAUAUGUGUGGUUGCUCUGGCGAUUAUGCUGGUGGGUUACCGGCUAAUCGCAUACAUUGCGCUCACGAGGAUUGGGAUGAAAGGAAAAUAG